GCGGCCAGCGAUGUCUUCGUACGGGUCUUAUGGUCCGUCCCGACCUCAGACGCAAAGGGCCGACGUCAACUACCUGCGCGAGAUCUUCUACAAGGUCGACAAGGAUCGCAGCGGCCGCGUGGACGCCAACGAGCUGCAGCAGUGCCUGUCCAACGGCACCUGGAAGCCCUUCAAUCCUGAAACGGUGCGCAGGAUGAUCAACAUCUUCGACCGCAGCCGCACGGGCACGCUCAGCUUCGACGACUUUGUGUCGCUCUGGAACUACAUCAACGACUGGCUACGGUGCUUCCAGGAAUUCGACAAGGACCGCUCGGGUUCCAUCAACAGAAACGAACUGCGCGACGCGCUUACGAGCUUCGGUUACCGUCUGAGCGACCAGGCGGUCGACCUCCUGCUCAUGAAGUACGACAGCGAAAGGAAGGGAUCCAUCAACUUCGACGACUACAUCCUCUGCUGCAUCACUCUGCAGACGUUCACGAGCGCCUUCAAGUAUUACGACACCGACCUGGACGGCUACAUCACGAUAAGCUACGAAAACUUCCUCAAGCUCGGACUGAGUGUCUUUGUGUCGUGAAC